AUGGCGACAUCAGAAGGUUUGGAGAUUGACAAGCGUACAAAGGUAUCACGAGCUUGUGACUACUGCAAAAAGAGGAAGUUCAAAUGCAGCGGCAAAGCACCCUGUGACCUAUGUCUGAGAAAAAAUAUUGAUUGUGUUUUCAGUAUUGUUGAUCGUAGAACUAUACGAAGAAAGAACAAAAAGAGAAAAGUUAAGGUUGAAGUGGAUGCUGAGACUGCGACUGCGACGACAGUAACGACGGCAGCAUCAGCUGCAGACGAUCUUGCAGUGGGUGGUGCAGAUAUAACAGGUGCAGCAGCAGCAGCAACUGGAGCAGCAGCAACAACACCACUUUCCAAACACUCCUCCAAACAAGCAAAAGACUUUGUUCAUAACGUAGUGAAGAAGGAAAAAAUCGACAAGCAGUCCUUGGACAUGUUACGAAAACCAUCACAAGUUCCCAUCCAUUUCCAACCAUUAACGAAUUUCCCAGUUGUUCAAGCUUCCGAAGAAAGUGAUGAGUCUCAGGGCAAAAAAAUAGACAGCGCAGAGGCUGAACUGAUGGAGGUGGAUGAGUCAUCAGAAGACUCCAGUAGUGGCAGUGGCAUGGAGGAGACUGGAUCUGAAGAAGGUGACGAAAAUGGUGAUCAAGUAGAGAAUGGCUCAACCAAUGAUACACUGGGCACCUCCAUGUCGCGUUCAAAUUCGAAAUCAAAAUCCCACUCACAACAACAAGCACAGACACAAACGCAGACACACCUACAAUCUAUCUCACAAGUGCAAGCGCAGUCUCACUCAGAUCCACACACAAAAUCACCCAAACAACGUCCUAGCUGGACAGAACCUCCCGAUCUGCAACGUGUACUCUUUGACGCAGAAGGAAACUUGAAAUAUGUUGGUGAAUCAGCACCGCUUUCCCUCCUAUUUGAAUGCAGAAAAAUCUUUGCCAACCACAUGGGUAAGUCGGAUUUCACUGAAGAACCAGACUCCUUGGAGAUUUUUGACGAUGCAGAAGAGGCUCAUGAAGUUGUUCAGAUGGCAUUACCUAGCCGCACAGCGCUUACUAGAAUCUUGAAGUUGUUUUACAUAAACGUUAAUGAAGCAUGUUAUUUGUUCGAUAUGAAGCAUUUUGAAAAAACCGUCAUAGCCCCAAUUUAUAACAAUUAUGGUGAAUGUUCAGCUGAACAAAUCUCGUUGAUCAAUUUAAUGAUUGGUGUGGGGCUUUUGUAUGCUGAAAUUAUAGGUGAUCCAAUUUGUCAAAGUAUGGAAUCACCACAGAUGAAGUCGUCAGAAUAUUUUGAAUUUGGCAUACAUUUAGCGAGAAAGUAUAUGAAUCUGGGCAAAUUGUGGAUAUCUGAGGCAAUGACACUUGCGUUUUUCUACUACUCCUCCACCCAUCAACGGAGUACUGCUUGGUUGAUUUUGGGAAUUGCCGUUCGAAAUGCCCAAGGUUUGGGCCUUCAUCGAAAAUUUAUCAAUGAAUCCUUUUCUGAUAAAGGAUACGUCAGACACCGGAGAAAAUUGUACAAAAGUUUGUACAUAUUGGACCGUAUUACGUCAAUGACGUUGGGACGGCCAUUGCUUAUUGAUGACUACGAUUGGGAUGAUUUUGACAGUACUGAAAUAUACGAUUUAGAUCAAAAUGGUCAACCGAUUGAAAAUUUUGGACUAAAGGCUAUGAUUGAAACAACCAAAGUUUUUAAAAUUACAGGCAAGAUUAUUCGUGAGUUUUACUUGGAUGGUAUCGUCAAUACUUUUAAAGCAGAGAAGUUGGCAGUUGAAUUGAAACAAUGGGCACUCAACUUGCCCGAGGAGUUGCAAAUGGAUAAAGCAGUUAAAGAUAAUGGGAAUCUCGACGUUAGUCGGGGUGAAUUUGAUGAUCGAAAGAUUUCAUUGUUAUUAAUUCAUUUGUCGCAUCUAUACGCUGUCAUUUUACUAUCUCGACCAUUUUUCAUGUACAUAAUUUUCAAACUGGAAAACACUCGAGUCUUGAAAAAGCCAAGGGGACGUCGCGAAACUGUUAUUUGCAAUUUCUGUCAAGCUACAGUGAAGGCUUCCACUUUGAUCAUCCAGUUGAUGGAAUGUUAUACAAAUUACACCAAGUUUUUGCCAGAGCGGGUGGAGUCCAAUGCUAUUAUAUCAACUGUAUUGAUGGCCACUUUAAUCAUUGGACUAACCACAUUGUGCUUGGAAGAGACUGAUUAUAAGAAUGAUGAAAUAACGACUCCCAAGAUGAUGAUCCAUUUGAAUUCAGCGAAAAGGAUACUUCAGUUUUAUUCAAAGACAAAUAUAAUGGCAACGAGAUACUAUUACAUCAUGAAUCAAAUGCAAAAUGCCUUGAUGGCUAAGUUUAAUUUAGAUGUUAAUGGGAACAAAAGAGAACCUGGUCGACACAAGAAGAGAAAGAAGGAAAACCAUGAGUAUUUGGAAUCGCCAUCACGGUCGCAAAUUGAAAGCAAGCUACCACCACCACCACAACAGCAACAACAACAACAACAACAACAACAACAACAACAGCAACAACAGCAGCAGCCUACACCUCUGUCGCAAGCGCAGUCACAAUCUCAAUCCCAACCACAACAAUUGCCACAGCCUCAACAGCAUUUUCAAACCCUGACUCAGCACCAGCCUCCUCCGUCCAACCCAUUUCCGUACCACAAUCAAAAUAUGCAACACCAACUUCUGCAGCAUCUGCAGCAUCUGCAACACCAACAGAAUCCAUUCACACAUCAAAAAUCAGUCGUAUCCCCUGCCCACUCUCACGAUUCAGGCAAAGGCACAACCACGUCAACAUCAACCACUGAAGAACGAUUCCCGCCCAGCGACAUAUUCAAUAAAGACUACGACAAUUUUAUGGAGAAUUUCGGAUCCUUGUUGCAGCCCAUGACUACUAUUGGAUCUAGCUGGCAAGGUGGUGCUGGCAGUAGUGGUGGUGUUGGCGGUGCACGAUACCAGAUGGAGGAGUUUAGUGGUGGGAACCCAUAUAGUCAGAAUGUCCACGCCACGACUACGAAUUUGGAGGAUGCUGGGUCUAAUUUGUAUAACUCACGAUUUGGGAUAGAGCAAAAGCAUCAGGAGCAUCAGGAGCAGCAGCAGCAGCAGCAGCAGCCACCACAACAGCCGCAGCUAUACUCGUCACCACUGUAUAUUCAGCAACAACAACAACAACAACACCACUUACAGAAUCCGGCUACAGGCAACACACUAUUGACUACUCCCGAAAACAACCUGUUGGACGAAUUCAUGUAUCACGGCUUGAACGAUUUCCUAUACGACACAAGAACACUAGGAUGA